UUACCCUGAUAUUGAAACGAUUUCCAUAAAACCCCAUACUCUGCUAAGAGCACAGUUCGAGGAUCAAGACAUUGUUUCUGAGUAGUAUGAGGUUAUAUGGAAAUCUUUCCCUUUUUUUAUGGCCAGUCACACCCAGAUGCUCACUUUUUGUAUUACGACCAUGAUGCAACGCAUUAAGAGUGCGGACACCGCCUGAUCAGAGCGCAAGAAUAAGAAAGAUUUCAAUUUCUAUUUGCGCAUAAAAAGUUUCCAAGGUUACCCUCAACUUUAUUCAACCGCUAUGUCCUCGAUAGCAAUAACCGUGUUGCAACCCACUAUCGGAUUGCUAUUCAGGAAAGGCAGAGAUAAGGUCGUGGAGAUUCUGAAAGAUGGCGAUAUAACAGAUCAAAAAUUCUUCUCCUUGAUCGUCCUGGAAAUCGACGAAAUCAAGUCAAAGUUGGACGCGUUAUCGCGGAAGGAUUUAAAAGCGAGUGUCAGUUUCUUUGAGGAAGGAAUUGCGUUGUUGUAUGAAGUGUUUAACAUAGCAAACGCUAGAAGUGUGUGUGGCGCGGUAACAGCUCAAGCGGCUUGCAAUGAAGCAUUUCCUCUUAUUGAAGGAAUCAGAAGGUUAGAGAUUACUGGCCUGGAUGAAUCUGCUACAAGAAAGCUUUCCACUGCAAAAAAAAGAUUUGAAGAUGCUCGAAGGAAAGCAACAGAAGCGUUUAAUAACGAAAGCCUUGAAACAUCUGACCGCAUUCUGGCCAUGAAGUAUCGAGUAAUGGCGACCAUAUUAGAGACAGUAGACAAUCCCGCUGAUGCACUGGCACCAUGCAGAGUGUGUGUAAAGGAACUAAACUCUCUGCCAGCAGUACAGAAUAACUUAAAUGUUCAGCUCAGGACAGGCUUUUGGAGUUUUACAAGAUUGUUUAAUAAAGAGGAAAGAAUGGAAAUCAUCUCCAGUGUCUGUCACGUGAAUCAUGUCAUCUACGAUGUCACGCGAACAUUUCGUGGAUAUGCACCCUUUUGGAUCUGGCCUACUGUUGAUCCUGGAGACAACAAAAUCAAUACAUUGUAUGACGCAAGAGUAACCAAAGUACUUGUUGAACAAGGCAUGGAGCACUGUUGUGUAACACCAUGGUCAUUUGGUCAGGAGGGUGAAGGGACGCACAAGCUUAAGUGCCCGAAAGGUAUCGCAACAAUCUCCAGCGGAGAAUUCAUUGUCGGGGAUUAUAGAGAUCGUUGUGUGAAGGUGUUUGACAGAAACAGUAAGCUUGUGAAAGUUUUCGGUCUCCCUACCAAGGACGUAAUUACACCGUUAUAUAUUGAAGAUGUAGUCACAGACAUGAACGACAAUAUCUUUGUGCUGACCAUGAUGGGGAAGCCUGGUUUUCAUGAAUCUGAGAGAUCUAGCAGAUCAUGGUGGGUCUAUAAACCUACUAAAACCGCUGACUUGCAUCACAGGUUUCGUCUGAGAAGAGAGGGUUGGUACAGACGACUAUCGGUCAGAGAUACAGGGAAAGUAAUGACUUUAAGGGACCGUACAGCAGUGGAGGAAUAUGACAGUAAUGGAGAGUUGGUUCACAGUUUUGGAGAAGAAAUAUUGAGGUAUGCGAUAGAUAUCACUAUUGCUAAUGACGGUCGUGUUUUAGUAUUGGACAAUUAUGAUGAUUCCUCCCGUAGCGAUUCUCUCGGAGCAGAUUUGGUUGUUUACAUAUUCGAUGAACAGGGCAACCAUCUGAACAAGUUUAAACUGCAAAGAGAUUACUCUCUAUACACGAGAAUUACAUUUCACCCAGUAGGUGAACAUGUCGUCGUCGCUGGUAAGGAACUAGACAGCAAGCUCCUGGAGGUUAAAAUAUACAGCAAAGAUGGUGAGUUUGUUCGUAGUAUACAAAUCCAAAUUUGUGAUGACUUCACUGAAGUAGAAGGGAUUGCAGUGAAUAAUGACGGACGCAUUGCUGUUGUUACAAGCAAUGCUAAAGUAUUCGUUUUAUAAACUGCUGUUUUUGAC